AUUCGAUUCUCGGUUGUAUUGUUAUUUUUUUACUUAAUUUCCAAUGUGAUUAAAUGUUUUAUAAAUUCGAAAUGUGGUGAAGCUUUUUAUGAAUCUUAUUUACCUAAUACUCACAGUUUAUUAAUUAUUAAUAAUCAUGUCGCAAGAACUUGUAGAAAUGGCAAUUGAAUACAUUGGGCCAGACAAUAUGUUGAUUCUAGAACCAUUAAAAGAUCACAAUUAUCACACGUCAUCUCAGAGUGGAGCUGAAAUAGAGACCAACACUAAAACCAGGUCAAGGAGAAGAGACAGUACAACUCUACCAAAAAUCAGAAAACUGACGGCUCUGCACAACUGCAAACUCUGUGGUUACAGCACAAUGAAAAGGGAUGUCAUCGAAGCCCACAGAGAAACGCACAAGACCAUAAAACCUGGAACCAAGUACAAAUGUUGUGAUACCUGCAACGUCAACAAGAAGGUUCCCGUUGGAUACCACAAAUGUCCUCAGUGUAACUUUACCGCUAAAACGACAAGCAGCCUCAAAAUUCACAUGCACAUACACGAAAAAGGAACUGCAUACAAAUGCACCGAGUGCAGCUUCCUGGGCAGGGAUCUAAAGGACCUGGCGAAUCAUUACAAAACCGCGAAGACCUUUUGCGACCUAUGCACGUUUUCUAGUCAUUUAAAAGAUAAGCUGCUGGCACACCAAAAGAUGCACAGCAAGGAGAAACAGUUGGUCGGUUGUAGCACAAAAUAGAUGGUGCAGAAGGUAAUCUCAUGUAUGUAUACAGGUGUUACAGAAUUCCGAAAUAAAAUUUGUAGGUAUGUAUUCCGAAAUAAAAAAUUGUAGGUAUCUGAGCGGGGCGCAGGGACGCCUGGGGGAGAGAGGG